UGUCCUAUUGGGGAGAUUACCCUUUGCUUCCUUUCUCAGAGACACAACAGUAAAGUUAGAAGAAAUCUCCAAAGUGAUUGGAAUUCUCUUAGACAGUUGUCCCCAAAACAUGUUACCAUUGGACCUCUUGUUUUGGCCAAAAUUCUACAAUUUUGGAUUUCCCCUCACUUAUUUUCUCGCAGGGGCGUACUGACAACUCAUGGGGCCCCCGGGCAAUAGGGGAAUCAUGGGGCCCCUGUAUCCUUGUCCAAACUCAAAAAAGCCUAUGAAAAAGGUACCAGGGGCAUCUCAUGGGGCCCCCUACCGACCCCCGGCCCUCGGGCAGUGCCCGAGUUUCCAAAUGGUCAGUCCGCCCCUGGUCUC